UAUGUAGAUUUUUAAAAAUGGCGUCCCAUUUGUCUGGCGGUAAGGUGAAUGUUGCUUUGGUUCAAGAAUUAGCUAAAAAAGAAUUACUUCGUUUGCUUACACAGUGUGAUGGAUCAAAGGCCAUCGUGUGGGACAAGAGCCUGGCGGGACCAGUGGGGCUGAUCGCCAAGUAUCACGGCCUGCUGCGGGAAAAUGAGGUGGUGAAGAUGUUUCCCCUCGGGGCGGACAAGCUGCCCCGCUCCAACGUCAAGAACCUCAUCUUCAUCACGCGGCCCCAGCUCGAGCUGAUGGACUUGGUGGCCAAGCACGUGCUUGCUGAGGUUCAGUCUGGGGGCUCCAAGAAGGAACUUCAUCUGUUCUUUGUGCCCAGACGCAGCAAGAUAUGUGAGAAAUGGCUCAUGGCUCUAGGGGUGUUCGGCAGUUUCACGUUUAUCGAGGAGUUCAAGUGUGACCUGUUUCCCUUUGACAGUGACCUGAUGUCCAUGGAACUGGAGAACACGUUCAAGGAGUGCCACCUGGAGAAGGACCCCGGCAGCCUGCACCACGUGGCGCAGGCGGUGAGCACGCUGCAGGACCUGUUCGGCGCGGCGGCCCAGGUGUGCGGCCUGGGCGCGGCCGCCCGCCGCGUGUGGGACCUGGCGUGUCGCGUGUCGCCCCGGCCCGCCGCGCCGCCCCUGCUGGACCGCCUGCUGCUGCUGGACCGCGCCGUGGACCUGCUCACCCCCCUCGCCACGCAGCUCACCUACGAGGGCCUCGUCGACGAGGUCUUCGGCAUCAACAACACGACGGCGCAGUUUCCGGCUGCUCGGUUCAAAGCAGACGACGACUCGGGGGAGAUGCCUCUGGAGACGAAGCAGAUCAUCCUCAACUCUGCGGACGAACUGUUUGCCGAGCUCAGGGACAAGAACUUCAACGCGGUGGGGCCGGCCCUGAGCCGCAAGGCACGCCUCAUCUCGUCGCAGUUCGAGGAGCGACACGGCGAGAAGACGGUGCAGGAGAUGAAGCAGUUCGUGGCCCGGCUGCCUCACAUGAUGGCGGCCAAGGCUUCUCUCGCCGUUCACACGACGAUAGCAGAGCUUGUCAAGGAGUUCACCGACUCUGACCAGUUCUUGGAGUCGCUGCAGACAGAGCAGGAGUUCAUGAAUGCAAUUGACACAGACAAGAUCCACCCUUACAUUGAAGACUGUAUUGCUCAGAAGAUUCCUCUCAUCAAGGUGCUGCGACUGGUAUGCAUGCAGUCUGUAACCAACAGCGGUCUGAAGGCCAAGGUGUUGGAGCACUACAAGCGGGAGAUCAUCCAGACGUACGGCUUCCAGCACAUCCUCACGCUCAGCAACUUGGAGGUGGCCGGCUUGCUGCGUCUGCAGGGGGCACGGCAGUACACGAUCCUGCGCAAGACGCUGCGCCUGACGGUGGAGGACGGCAGCGAGGUGCAGCCCACGGACAUCAGCUACGUGCACAGCGUGUACGCCCCCUUGAGCGUGCGUCUGGCGCAGCACCUGGCACGCCCGGGGGGCUGGCGCUCGCUGCAGGACGUGCUGGGCCUGCUGGGCGUGCCCAGCUUCCAGGAGACACAGCGCACCGCGCUCGGCCGACGAGACUCUGUGGCCAGCCAGUCGUCGCAGACUGAUGUUCCCAAGGUGGUGCUGGUGUUCUUCAUCGCUGUUGCACCGUGUGUGGUUCCAGGAGACUGUGUGGGCAGCCAGUCGUCACAGACUGAUGUUCCCAAGGUGGUGCUGGAGUUCUUCAUCGCUGUUGCACCGUGUGUGGUUCCAGGAGACUCUGUGGCCAGCCAGUCGUCGCAGACUGAUGUUCCCAAGGUGGUGCUGUUGUUCUUCAUCGCUGUUGCACCGUGUGUGGUUCCAGGAGACUCUGUGGCCAGCCAGUCGUCGCAGACUGAUGUUCCCAAGGUGGUGCUGUUGUUCUUCAUCGCUGUUGCACUGUGUGUGGUUCCAGGAGACUCUGUGGCCAGCCAGUCGUCGCAGACUGAUGUUCCCAAGGUUGUGCUGGUGUUCUUCAUCGCUGUUGCACCGUGUGUGGUUCCAGGAGACUCCGUGGGCAGCCAGUUGUCGCAGACUGAUGUUCCCAAGGUGGUGCUGUUGUUCUUCAUCGCUGUUGCACCGUGUGUGGUUCCAGGAGACUCUGUGGCCAGCCAGUCGUCGUAGACUGAUGUUCCCAAGGUGGUGCUGGUGUUCUUCAUCGCUGUUGCACCGUGUGUGGUUCCAGGAGACUCCGUGGGCAGCCAGUCGUCGCAGACUGAUGUUCCCAAGGUGGUGCUGUUGUUCUUCAUCGCUGUUGCACCGUGUGCGGUUCCAGGAGACUCUGUGGCCAGCCAGUCGUCGCAGACUGAUGUUCCCAAGGUGGUGCUGGUGUUCU